GUGUUUUCUAGUCAACGGCUGAUUGUAAUCCACCACCUACCACAACAGAAUAACGAAAAGUCGCCCUUUAGGAUAUCACCGCUCUUCUUCUAAAGACCAUCGUGUCUACUUCUACUCUGGGCCCUCUGCCCAGUUACCCAGAAUCUACAUUCGUUACAAGUCCAGAAUUUACGGUCGCCAAUUCAGAGCCCUAUCGAUGCGAUCCUUCUUCAACAAGCCAUCUUGGGCAAGCAGGGGAGACGAAACUCAAGAUCUCAAGUUUUACCAACAUGCUAGUCUAGUGUACAAUGACAUAGUUUCCGCGAAUCAGGAUGCGCGACGUGCCAACCAAAUCCAAGAAACCGAAACCAAACGGCGACGUGCACCCAUUGAGAAUCAUGGUGGUGACACAUUACCGCUGGGGACCUGCAAACCCUCUGACGAAUCUCUCAGUCAUCAAUCGCCGUCCGAGGGCAACGCUUCCAAUCGCAGAUCUGUACAACGAAGUGAAGAUCAGCUAGACAGCCAAGCUCCAGAUGCUUUACCGCACGGACCAGGAGUGACAGAUCCCAAUGGUAUUGACCACUUGAUGCCUGGGUUGGCGUCAAUAUCUCGGAACGAGAUUGUAACUACUGGCACAUCGGCUGUAAAGAACCUUAGUGGAGGCAAGAGAAUUUGCAUUGAUGACUCUCAAUUCUCGAAUAGGCUGAGCCCUACUAAACCCCACUUGACUCUCAGCAAGAAGCUUACACCAUCCGAAGAUACGAUAGUCCAGAUCCUUAUCACCUCGAAAAUCAGUAACACCAAGCCGCUCAUAGUUCGCCGAAAAAUGCAUCAGCCGCUGAAAGAUGUGCGCCUUGCAUGGUUGAAACGUCAAGACCUACCGAAGGGACUCGAGUCUUCUAUCUUCCUGACUUGGAAAGGGAAACGGCUUUUCGAUGUCACCACAUGUCGCAGUCUGGGAAUGGGACCCAAGGGUCGCCGUGCGCUUGGGUCUGUUGCCUGUGAUUCUCUACGAAGUGACAGUUCGGACCUGCAAAUUCACAUGGAAGCCGCUACUGAAAAUCCUCUUGAUCUUGACAGUAGUCAGUCAUUGUCUUCCGCCAAGCCAGCGCCAGCGCCAGCGCCAGGCAUAGACUUCGACAGCGGCGAGCGAUGUUCAAAAGAUAUCGUUUUGAAGGCCCCGGGGCUAGCUGAUCUUAGAUUGAGAGUGAGUCUCCAAAUGCAGGUCUCACGGCUGAUCCGCCUAUUUCGCGAUGCGAGACAGAUCUCACUGGAGCAUGAGGUUUACCUUGUAUUUGAUGGUGAACGCUUAGACCUCGGACAUGCUCUUGAAGACUAUGAUCUUGCAAAUGAUGAUCUCCUGGAUGUAAUAGUCAAGUGACAAUUUUCGGUGAUCACAAACUUAUUACUCUUAUGACGUUUGCACGUUCCAUGUAACGGCAAUAUGUAUAGCACGCGAUGAGCAUACUCAAGUUCGGAGAAAUCGGAGAAGCACGUAGUUAAAAUGGUGGAAGAAUUCUCUUCUCCUGUAUUUCAUCAGGUCUCCUCGGGUAGCUUUGGGCGAGAGAGAUGGUCCAGCAAUUCGUGUAUACUGUUG